GAGGAUCUGCGAUGCUGUAAUGAAGUCACCUCCAGUCCCCCACCCACAGGUCUUUUAAUCAACUGUAUUGUAGUAUUGGACUGAAGGCAGGCAGACAGACAGACAGACAGACAUCCCAUCUGACAGGCCCCUCAAAUUAAUUCUGAGGCCACGACACCUAAGGCAGCGGAGGUCACAUCAGCCACAGAAGCACCUGAAAUUUGAGAGAUGCGCAUCAGUCAAACGGAGAAGCAAAGCGGUUUCUCACUUCCUGUGUGCGCAGACGCUUCCUGUUCCAAAUGAGUUCUGAUAUGAAGAAAAGAAGAUUCAUAUUGUGGGUUAAACAUCUCUGGAGUGCGUGUCCUUGUAUGUGAGUUCGAGAGCUGCCCCCCCAUCCACCCACCCACCUACCUACCUCAGUAUCUGUGACCCUUUUGACGCUCAGACGCCUGGAGCUUCAUAAGCUGUGGAAGAUGGAUAAAGAGUAUGUCGGCUUUGCCACCCUGCCCAACCAAGUCCACCGUAAAUCGGUCAAGAAAGGCUUUGAUUUCACCCUCAUGGUUGUAGGUGAGUCUGGCCUCGGUAAAUCAACGCUCGUCAAUAGUCUCUUCUUAACAGAUCUCUAUACUGACCGGGAAAUCCCCAGCUCUGAAGAAUGCAUUCCCCAGACUUUGGAGAUCAUCAAGAAUGCAGUGGAUAUCGAAGAGAGAGGCGUGAAAGUCAAGUUGACCAUAGUGGACACUCCAGGAUUUGGGGAUGCCCUGGACAACUCGGAUUGCUGGAAGCCCAUCGCCCAGUACAUCGACCAGCAGUUUGAGCAGUACUUCCGGGAUGAGAGUGGUCUGAAUCGCAAGAACAUUCAGGAUAAUCGUGUGCACUGCAUACUCUACUUUAUUUCACCGUACGGCCACGGCCUACGGCCUCUCGAUGUCGAGUUUAUGAAGGCUGUGCACGACAAGGUCAACAUUGUGCCCAUCAUUGCCAAAGCAGACACCCUAACGCCCAAGGAGGUCAUGGUCAUGAAGCAAAGGAUCCGGGACGAAAUUGAGCAAUAUGGUAUCAACAUCUAUCAGUUUCCAGACUGUGACUCUGAUGAAGACGAGGAGUUUAAGCAGCAGGACCUCGCUCUAAAGAAUAGCAUCCCCUUUGCAGUGAUUGGCAGCAAUGAAAUGAUAAAUGAGAAUGUGGCCCGACCAAUCAGAGGACGUGCUUAUCCCUGGGGUGUGGCUGAGGUGGAGAACAAAGUGCACUGUGACUUCUCCAUGCUGCGAAACAUGCUGAUUCAGACCCACAUGCAGGACCUGAAAGAUGUCACCCAGGAAGUCCACUAUGAGAACUACAGAGCCCAAUGCAUUCAGAGCCUGACCCGGAUUGGCACUAAGGACCGCAGCAGCCGCAACAAAAUCUCCCGGCAGAGUAUCACAGAGCUGUCUUUGCUCCCACUGGCCGCAACAGAAAAGCUGAUCCAAGAGAAAGAUGAGGAGCUGCGCCGCAUGCAGGAGAUGCUGAAGAUGAUGCAGCAGCAGAUGCAGCAGAGUCAAGGGGAGCAGUCUGACGCACUGUGAGAUGGCUGGCCGAGAGUUCAUAUUAUGUGGACACCAUUAUCCCC